CAGGAGAGGCAGUCCCAUAGAUACGAAAGCCCUAAGCCACAUGUAUGCACUGCAUGAAGACCUACUACCUUCCAUCUGCCUUGAAUUGUACAACCUUCAGCAUCAUUGGGUGUUCAGGAGUUCUACCGCUGAGCGAGAGGGAGAAAUGCUUUUCUCUGUGUACAUAUGGCACAGUGAUCUGUGUCUUCAGCUUCUGCCCUUCUCGAUGAGACCGCAACCACAGGAAGCUGACGUGAAAACGCUUUUUAGAAAGAGAGAGAGAGAAAGGGUGGUGGAGGAAGGAAAACGCAGCCUUGUUGAGCAGUGCUGAGUGCGCGGCGCACCCACAGAGAGGCCAGGAGUGGGGCCAAGGAGACAUUGUGUGUCCCCACCUGCUGCUGCUGCCGCUGCUCCUCCUUAACCAUGGAAGAGACAGUAGUAAAGAAAGGCUUGCUGUACCUGCUCCAGCACCAGACCUUUGGGAAGAAAUGGCGGAGGUUCUGGGCUGUCCUGUACAGGGAAAGCGCCUGUGCCCCGGCCCGCCUUGAGCUCCUGGAGUCGGUGGAGAAAGCCAAGAAAGGGGAUAGCAGCAGACGCAUCAUCAAGUUGGAGGACUGCGUGCAGGUGGCUGAGGCAGGUGGAGAGACCGGCAGCCCCAAGGAGACAGUGCCUUUCUUCCUGGAGACCACCGAGAAAUUCUACCUGCUGGCUGCUGAGAGGGCGGAGGCGGAGGCCUGGAUCCUGGAGCUGUGCAAGCAUGCUUUCACUAGAAGCACUGAAGACUGGAAAGUGAUGCUGGAGAAGGAGCUCCUGAAGGGCAAGGCCACGUCUCCCACUGCUCUCUCCAUGGCAGAGAAUUCCCUGUACAGCACCACCUGCAAAGCUGCUGAGAGGCAGUUUCCUGUGGCCGUGAGGGCAACCGAGGCCUCUGAGCGCUGUCAGAUCUGGGGCAUGUUCUUUCUCUGUGCCAAAGCGGAUGCCUUGGAGCUGCAGGACAAGCAAGCGGGGGAAGUGAUCUACACCUGGCCGUACAAGUUCCUGCGGAGAUUCGGUCAUGACAAGGCCAUCUUCUCCUUUGAAGCUGGGCGGAGAUGUGCCUCUGGAGAAGGUAGCUUUGAAUUUGCCACCAAGCAGGGCAGCGAGAUCAUCCAGGUCAUUGAAGGUGCCAUCAAUGCUCAGAGGAACUCCUCCAGUGCAUCUUCAGUUGCCACCCUUCUUGCCGGGGCCGCCAGCCCAGCCAAGCCUGUCGAAGGUGCCCAGGGGGCGAAAGCCACUGUGCUGGUAGAAGGGCAGUCAUUCCGUACUGCGGGCACCAAAUCCCUCUCCUUCGAGUCCACCUGGCAAGGAAGACCAGCAAAGGGCAGGUUAGUCAAGCCUACGGCCAGCUGCCCUCUCUCCAGCACCAACUGCCCCUACAUGGAGGGGUCUGAUGCCCACCCCAGGCGAGAACCCCAGCAGGAAUCAAUGUCUGAGUACUCGGAGCCAUUUGAUGCCAUCUCCAAGUCGUUGGGAAGCUCAGGUGGCAGCUGUUUCCCCUUGCCUACCACCGAGGAGCCACCGGGGGCAGCCGGCUUGCAUGCCAGGACCAGAGGGUUGGGCCUGUCCCCUGCCUCUCUGGGGCUGCACCACAUCUAUGAUGACCCAGAGGGUCUGGCCCACCUGGUGUACGAUGAGCCUCAGGAGUUCACGGGGGACGCCUGGAAGGUGCAGGCCACUCCUGAGGACCCUAUCGGCCACGAAUACCCCUACAACCCAAGCUUGGAUGACUACUCUGUGCCUAAGAUGGCGGCAGCUUAUGCCCCCGUGCAAGAUCAAAAUGGGCUUGGAGAAAGUGCAUAUGAUCAGGUGAUCUUGAGCCUCAAGAACAAGAAAAAUGCACAGUGAAAGGAGAGGAUGGAAUGAAUGAAUGAAUGAAUGAAUGAAUGAAUAUGAAGGGGGUGGAUGGGAAAUGAGAGGAUCACUUUGUUUCAUUUGUUGUGGGAGAUGAGCCCAGGUGCAGCCUCCCUGCCUGCCCUCCUCUCAGAGCUCAAGUACCGUAUUUUUCGCUCCAUAAGACGCACUUUUCUUUUUUUCUUUUUUUAUAAGAUAUUUAUUAGCA